UGCAUCCAAAGCGCGGGGCCAGACGCGCCAAAGGAGUGGAAGGACGACCGCAGCCCGAAGGUCCCCGCAGCGCUCUGCGAGCGCGCCAGCCCCGGCCCGCAGGCGGCGAGUUCCCGAAACAGCAGCGCCGCCGCCGCCGCUCCGCCGAGGCGCUGCGCCCCCCGGGGGGGGAGGCGGAGGAGGCGGGCAGCGGCGGAGGGAGGGGAGCCGGGAAGGGGGGCGCCGCGCUGGGAGGGAGGCAGCGCGCACGGUGCAGCCGGGCCGGGCGGGAGGCAUGGCGGGGCCCCCGGCCCUACCCCCGCCGGAGACGGCGGCGGCCGCCACCACGGCGGCCACUGCCUCGUCGUCCGCCGCUUCUCCGCACUACCAAGAGUGGAUCCUGGACACGAUCGACUCGCUGCGCUCGCGCAAGGCGCGGCCGGACCUGGAGCGCAUCUGCCGGAUGGUGCGGCGGCGGCACGGCCCGGAGCCGGAGCGCACGCGCGCCGAGCUCGAGAAACUGAUCCAGCAGCGCGCCGUGCUCCGGGUCAGCUACAAGGGGAGCAUCUCAUACCGCAACGCGGCGCGCGUCCAGCCUCCCCGGCGCGGAGCCACCCCGCCGGCCCCGCCGCGCGCCCCCCGCGGGGGCCCCGCUGCCACCGCCGCGCCGCCGCCCACGCCCGCCCCGCCGCCGCCGCCUGCGCCCGUCGCCGCCGCCGCCCCGGCCCGGGCGCCCCGCGCGGCCGCCGCCGCCACAGCGCCCCCAUCGCCCGGCCCCGCGCAGCCGGGCCCCCGCGCGCAGCGGGCCGCGCCCCUGGCCACGCCACCGCCCGCGCCAGCUGCUCCACCGGCGGUGGCGCCCCCGGCCGGCCCGCGCCGCGCCCCCCCGCCUGCCGUCGCCGCCCGGGAGCCGCCGCUGCCGCCGCCGCCACAGCCGCCGGCGCCGCCACAGCAGCAGCAGCAGCAGCCGCCGCCGCAGCCACAGCCGCCGCCGGAGGGGGGCGCGGCGCGGGCCGGUGGCCCGGCGCGGCCCGGGAGCGUGCGUGAAGUCGUGCGCUACCUCGGGGGCAGCAGCGGCGCCGUCGGCCGCCUGACCCGCGGCCGCGUACAGGGGCUGCUGGAGGAGGAGGCAGCGGCGCGGGGCCGCCUGGAGCGCACCCGCCUCGGAGCGCUUACACUGCCCCGCGGGGACAGGCCCGGACGGGCACCGCCGACCGCCAGUGCCCGCCCGUCGCGGAACAAGAGAGGUGGAGAAGAGCGAGUGCUUGAAAAAGAAGAGGAAGAAGAAGAUGAUGAUGAUGAAGAUGAUGAUGAUGAUGUGUCGGAGAGCUCAGAAGUGCCGGAUAGUGACCGUCCUGCAGGUGCUCAGCACCAUCAACUUAAUGGUGAGCGGGGCCCUCAGAGUGCCAAGGAGAGAGUCAAGGAGUGGUCACCCUGUGGACCCCACCAGGGCCAGGAUGAAGGUCGGGGACCAGCACCAGGCAGUGGCACCCGCCAGGUGUUCUCCAUGGCAGCCAUGAAUAAGGAAGGGGGAUCAGCCUCUGUUGCCACUGGGCCAGACUCCCCAUCCCCUGUGCCUUUACCCCCAGGAAAACCAGCUCUCCCUGGGGCCGACAGGACCCCUUUUGGCUGUCCUCCUGGGCGCAAAGAGAAACCAGCUGACCCCGUGGAGUGGACAGUGAUGGAUGUAGUGGAAUAUUUCACUGAGGCAGGCUUCCCGGAGCAGGCAACAGCUUUCCAAGAGCAGGAAAUUGACGGCAAGUCUCUGCUGCUAAUGCAGCGUACAGAUGUGCUCACCGGCCUGUCCAUCCGCUUGGGCCCAGCCUUGAAAAUCUACGAGCACCACAUCAAGGUGCUUCAGCAAGGCCACUUUGAAGAUGAUGACCCCGAUGGCUUUCUAGGCUGAACACCCAGCCUCACCCCUACCCCAACCCAUUCUAGCUACCUUCUCACCCAAGAACCCAAGAGUCCAGGAGCUGGAUGAGGGACACCCUCAGCCCUCAUAACAGAUUCCAAGGAGGAGACACUCUUUACUCAUCUCUCCAUUUCAUGUCUCUCUUACACACAUCAACCCCCAGCUCAUCAGUAUGGUGGAGGGACAGUGGCCUGUUCAUUUCACCCCUAGAAGGCCAAUACUUCCAGCCCAGGACAUUUUUGGAAAAAGAGAAAAAAGGAAUAGAGGGGCUUCUCAUUUCCCCAAGAUCCUCUUCAGUUCAGCCAUUUGUUUCCUGUAUAAAUGGUUUUUUUUUUUGCCUGUUUAUUUUGGCGGGUGGCCUUUUCUCCCCCCACACCCAUGCCCUUUUUCCAGGCUACCCUGGAUCCCUAGAGAGUGGCUGGGGUGGGUUACCUGGGCCUUCUCUUCCCUCUUUCUUUCUGUUGGUUGUUGCUCCAGCUGACUAUAUUGCUUUUUAAUAUUGCACCGAAGGUUUUUUAAAUAAAAUUUUAAAAAAAGGAAAAGG